CACCACGAGCAUGACGAUGGAGGAGAGAAGAGGGGCAAAAAAAGACAUAAACACGAUAAGGAGGAUAAACAUAAGAGACGACACGAGAAGAAAGUCAAGGUCAUUGACGAUGAUCCUGACGAAGACAUGUGGGUUGAGAAGAACAUUGACAUGGAUGGCGAGAAUCCUGUGGCUACCGAUAUACCAACAGCAGAGAGUCUCAAACUCAAAUCUCAUGCAACAGCCUCUCCAGACGAUCCACCUUUGCCCUCCACUCGACCUGCAGAGACAAAGCUUAUUCGUGACGAAUGGAUGUUACUCCCUCCGUCUUCUGUGAGCGUACCUACUCCAGCAGCAGGCUCAUCUAGAAUCCAAAUUCCAACGGGAAACGAAUCACUUACUGAGGACUAUGGAGAACCAGUUGAGAAUGGGCGGACACUUGGAGGUGGUGUCGAUUUCUUCUCGAACUUGGGUACGGAACGUAAGAGGAAGCAGAAGGAGGACAGACCAGAUCCGGAAAAGCAAAAAGUCAGCUCGAGAGAAUUAAAUGCAAACUUGGUCCAGGGGAUCCCUCUUGACCAGUACCCACACUCAGCUCCAAAAGCGGCAACGCCUGGCGGUCCUGGUUCUAACUGGCGUAUGAUGAAACUCAGACGUGUCUAUGAGGCUGCAGAAGAUGAAGGUAAACCUGUGGAGGAAGUCGCACUUGAGAGGUUCGGUACACUGGAGGCUUUUGAGGAAGCGAAGGAAGAGAGACGCAUUCUAGAUGAACGAGAAGGCAGACGUGGCUCUCGUAGGGAUGGCAGACGCGAGAAUGAACGUGGUCGCGAGCGUAAUGAACAAGAUGGAGAACGUGGUCGUGAACAACGCUGGAUGUUCACGGAAGUAGGAGCCUCGGCAUCUUCAUCUCGUUCUUCAUCCUUCCGUCGCCCUGGUGAAAGUGCUCCAUCGACCCCUUCACCAGCACCGAGUGGUGGACCACCCGUACCAAAUAAACGCGUUGAAUCACUUCGGAUGCCGCCUAAAGGCAGUCCACUGUCUAUGUCGCAUACACCUGUUCCGACCGUGAUGACCCCGCCCUCACUUGCUUCCACGUCAGGCAAGAAAAUACUGACAACUGAGGAGCUAAAUCGCUUACAAGCUCGCGUGUUGCGCGCAAAGCUCAUGGGUGCACCGGACGCCGAGAAGCUCGAAAAAGAAUAUGAAGAAGAGCAACGACGUGCAUCUGGUAGUUAUAUUGUAGAACGAGGCGGGGAUAACGACGACGAUGAAGAUGGCGGCGCUGGGAAGAAGACUAAAACACGACUGGAAGUUCUUCCGACACUUGACGCGCGUGGGCGGCUAUACGACGUCGGUGCGGGCAGAGAAGAUGAAGGACCUUUACCCGGUAAUCGAAGCAAGAAGAGGAAAUUAGACAAAGUCGAGACUCGCGACCCAAAGACGGGCGAGAUCGUACGCUACAAUGCGGACGAUGAUGACUUGACACUUGGGGAGAUGCUUCGUCAAGAACGGUUUGGUGCGGGUGCUGCAGACCAGAAGAAUUUGGAUGCGGAGUUCGCUGCUGCUAUUACGCGCGAUGGGGGUUUCGUUAAUGAUCUUGAUUAUAUGGAUGAUAAUGCUGAGCGACUUGGACGGAAGAAGAUGCGGACGGAUGCGAUGAGGCGACAGUUUGCUAUUAAUGAUUACAAGAAAACGCAGAAAGUUCUGGCAUCGUGUCCGUACUGUUAUGGCGAAGACGAUUCGCCUCCCAAGGCACCCGUUAUAGCAAUGGCGACGCGCUGUUUCUUAUCAUGCACGCUCACUCAAGAAUUAGUCGAAGGCCACUGUCUUAUUGUACCAAUUCCGCAUCUCCUAAACAUGCUCGAAGGCGACGACGAUUUAUGGGACGAAGUACGGAAUUUCAUGAAAUGCCUCAUGCGGAUGUUCGCCUCCCAAGACAGAGGCGUCCUCUUCUACGAAACAGUCCUCAACCUCAAACAUCAAGCCCACACAGUAAUCGAAUGUGUCCCCUUACCCUGGGCGCAAUUCGAAGACGCUCCCGCCUAUUUCCGGGAGAGUAUAUUGGCGAGUGAGACGGAAUGGACGCAACAUAAGAAGUUGAUUGAUUUUUCUGCAAGGCCUGGUGGGUUUAGGAGGGCUAUGGUACCGAAUUUACCGUAUUUUAUGGUACAGUUUGAUUAUAAGGGGGAGAAGGGGUAUGGGCAUGUUAUUGAGGGGACUGGGGAGGCGGCGGGUGAGGGUGAGGGUGAUGGGGCUAUUGAUGAGGGCGAGAAGGGAGGAGGGGAGUUUCCUAAGUACUUUGCAGCCGAGAUCAUAGGAAACAUGCUUGACCUCGAGCCUCGUCGGUGGCGAAGACCGAAACGUGUUGAUUUCCGAUAUAAUAGGGAACGAGUUGAGAAGUUUAGGAAGAAGUAUGAUAAGUUUGAUUGGACGGGGAUGAUUGGGAAGGGGUAAAACUGAAAGCGAAGUACUGAUAGUAGGUGGGAAAUUAGUAUUGUCAUUCAUACGUAGGC